AUGGAAUAUCAUCAUCCGGCUAUGAUUCUUUCGACAACAUCUAGCAAUGCUCUCGCACAUCAAGCACAAGAUUGGAAAAUAAUGCAAGUUAUGAAUAAUAAAAUUCGUGAUGAUGUUGUUAAAAAAUAUGCUCAAUAUACGAAACGUGUAAAUGGUGAAAUGAUAAAAGUCAUGUAUGAAUGGUAUGAACGCGGCGAUCGUCAACGUUCAAUUGAGAAACAUUUUCGUCUUGAAAUAAAUAAAGAUACAUUUCAAAGAUAUAAUAAUCGUUUACCACAUUUACGAAGAUUAACAUUUGAACAAUUCUGUGAAUUAUUAGCACCAAUAAUAACAGGUCAAUAUAAUGAUCGUCAAUUGUAUGAAACAUUUGAAAAAUUAGAUUCAGAUAAUGAUAAUUAUUUAAGUCAACAAGAAUUAGAAAAUCUACUUAUUAUUGUUGGACAAUCAGAAUCAAAUUAUAAAAUACAAUAUAUAAUCUCACAAUUAACAAAUCAAGGAAAAUUAAAUUUCGAAGAUUUUAAACGUUUUAUAACUGAUGGAUUUGCUCGUGAACUUUUAAUGCCAUUGUACGAUGACACAUAUCGAGAACAUUAA